AUGAAACUUUCCUCUGUGCUGUUGCUUUCUGCUACAGCUUUAGCUGCUCCAGCUGUCCAUCAUAAGGACCGUCAUAAUGAGAAACGUGACGUUGUUGUUGUUACACAGUAUGUUGAUCAGAAUGGUCAAGCUGUUGCUCAUCAGGGUGUUGCCACGGGAGCUACCGCUCCCGUGGCUACCACCAGCUCCACUGUAAGUGCAGUGGGCGCUGCUUCCAGUGCACCAGCUGCUUCCAAGGCUUCGAGUGCUUCUAGUGCACCAGCUGCUUCGAGUGCUUCGAGUGCUUCUAGCUCUGCUUCUAGUGCUAGUACUGGUAGCUCUGGCGGGUCUUCCGGUGGUGUCAAUGGUGACUUGGCAGACUUUUCUGGUCCCAACGAAGAGUUCCAAGAUGGUGUUAUCCCAUGUUCUUCCCUUCCAAGUGGUCAAGGUGUUGUUUCAUUAGACUGGGUUGGUCUAGACGGUUGGGCUUCCAUUAUGGACUUGGCCGGUAACACCGCUUCCACCUGUCAAGACGGUUUCUACUGUUCUUACGCUUGCCAAGCCGGUAUGUCCAAGACUCAAUGGCCUACUGAGCAACCUUCUGAUGGUAGAACUGUUGGUGGUCUACUAUGUAAGAACGGUUUGCUAUACCGUGCUAACCAAGGCUCCAAAUAUUUGUGUGAAUGGGAUAACAACUCUGCACAAGCCGUUAACAAGAAAUCUCAAUCCAUUGCUAUGUGCAGAACUGACUAUCCAGGUUCUGAGAACAUGGUUGUUCCAACCGUAGUUGAAGCUGGUGGUUCCAAGCCAGUUUGCGCGGUCAAGGAAGAUUCUUACUACAUGUGGCAGGGCAAGAAAACUUCUGCUCAAUACUAUGUUAACAACGCUGGUGUUUCUGUCGAAGAUGGUUGUAUCUGGGGUACUGAUGGUUCCGGUGUCGGUAACUGGGCUCCAAUUGUCCUAGGUUCCGGUUACACUAACGGUAUUACUUACCUAUCGAUUAUUCCAAACCCAAACAACAAGACUCCACCAAAUUACAACAUCAAGAUUGUCGCUAAUGAAGGUUCCUCCAUUAACGGUGACUGUAAAUUGGAAAACGGUGUCUACAGCGGUGGUUCUGGUUCUGAUGGUUGUACCGUUAGUGUCACUUCCGGUAGCGCUUCGUUCGUCUUCUAUUAG